CCGGGAGUCUCGCGAGAGGUUGGGGCGGGCGGAGGAGGAGGAGGAGGAGGCGGCGGCGGCGGAGGAGGCGGCGGGAUGGGAGCGCCGAGAUGCCCCGUCACUGCUCUGCUGCCGGCUGCUGCACCCGCGACACCCGGGAGACCCGCAACCGAGGCAUCUCCUUCCACCGGCUGCCCAAGAAGGACAACCCGCGGCGGGCGCUGUGGCUGGAGAACAGCCGGCGGCGGGACGCGAGCGGGGAGGGCCGCUGGGACCCGGCCUCCAAAUACAUCUACUUCUGCUCCCAGCACUUCGAGAAGAGCUGCUUCGAGAUAGUCGGCUUCAGCGGCUACCACCGCCUGAAGGAAGGGGCCGUCCCCACCGUCUUCGAGUCGACCUCCCUCAAAACCCCCCGGGCCGCCAAGCCGAAGCCCCCCCUGCCCGACAGCGACACCCCAAAGCCCCCCCGGGCCACCAAGAAGUGGAGGCAGGACCCCCCCACACCCCCACCGGACCCCCCCUUCUCCACCGACGUCUCCUGCUUCCCCCGAGAAGGCGAAGACCCUGGGGGCGUCCCGGCUCUUCCCGGCCCUUCGGGCGCACGGGGUCCCCUCCCGGACACCCUUUUGGUGGCCACGGGAGACGAAGAAGCCACAGACACCCCUGCCCUCCCUGAAGGGGCCCCCCCGGCGCCCCCCCGGCCCGUUUCACCUUCCCUCUACAUGCUGCGGCUGCCGCCGCCGGCCGGGGCGUACAUCCAGAGCGAGCACAGCUACCAGGUGGGCAGCGCCUUGCUCUGGAAGCGCCGCGCCGAAGCCGCCCUGGACGCCCUGGACAAAGCCCAGCGGCAGCUCCAGGCUUGCAAACGCCGGGAGCAGAGGCUGCGGCUGCGGGUGGGCGAGCUGCAGCGAGAGCGACGGGCCCCCCCCGAGGGCCGGAGGGUCCCCAAGGAGCCCCCGCCGCAGGGCGCGGAGCCGCAGGUGCUCGGCGGUGCCGACGGCGGACAGUGAGGGCUCGCCUCCUCUUCCUCGCCGCGGCGCCGCUGGGAAGGUUUGUAAAUAAACAAAGCGUUUUCGCCUUU